UUGACAUCCAACGAAGAAGAAGGGGGACGUAGGUCGCUGAGGAAGAAGGGGGAAGAUGUCUCUGACGAGCUUUUUACCGGCGCCCACCCAGCUCUCGCAAGAUCAGCUGGAAGAAGAAGACCGACUUCGUGCCCAGAAGUCGUACUCAACUGCCUUGGUUGCUUCCCGAAGGGAGCCACCUCCAUACGGGCACAGAAAUGGAUGGAUGCCUCGAGCUGUGGAGGACUUUGGAGAUGGGGGUGCUUUUCCAGAGAUCCAUAUGGCACAGUUUCCUCUGGAGAUGGGUAGGCAAAAGAAAACCUCCAAUGCCUUGACCAUGCAGGUGGAUGCGGAGGGAAAAGUCAAAUAUGAUGCCAUAGCAAGACAAGGACAAAGCAAGGACAAGGUGAUCUUCAGUAAGUAUACGGAUCUACUUCCCAAAGAAGUAAUGAAUGAAGACAUCCCAGAGCUACAGAAGCCAGAUGAGGAAGCUGUACAAGAGCUGACUGAGAAGACUCGUGUGGCCCUCAGCAAGCAGGUAUCACAAAAGAUUGCUGCUGCCAUGCCUGUGCGAGCAGCAGACAAACAGGCCCCAGCACAGUACAUCAGAUACACCCCAUCCCAGCAGGGAGUGGCUUUCAACUCUGGAGCCAAACAAAGAGUCAUCCGCAUGGUGGAAAUGCAGAAAGACCCCAUGGAGCCGCCACGUUUUAAAAUCAACAAGAAGAUCCCUCGUGGACCUCCUUCCCCCCCAGCACCUGUCAUGCAUUCUCCAAGCAGAAAGAUGACAGUUAAGGAACAACAGGAAUGGAAGAUUCCUCCAUGCAUCUCCAACUGGAAGAACGCUAAGGGUUACACCAUCCCUCUCGACAAGCGUCUGGCGGCUGAUGGCAGGGGGCUGCAAACCGUUCACAUCAAUGAAAACUUCGCCAAGCUGGCUGAGGCACUCUACAUUGCUGAUAGAAAAGCCAGAGAGGCGGUGGAGAUGAGAGCCCAGGUGGAAAAGAAGAUGGCCCAAAAGGAGAAAGAAAAGAAAGAGGAGAAACUCAGGGAGUUAGCCCAAAUGGCCCGAGAUCGCAGAGCAGGAAUUAAAAGCCACGGGGACAAAGGUGGAGAGGACGGCGAGGCAAGGGAGCGUGAUGAGAUCCGCCACGACAGAAGGAAAGAGAGACAACACGACAGGAACAUUUCCAGGGCAGCCCCUGAUAAGAGAUCCAAACUGCAACGGGACCAGGACCGAGACAUUAGUGAGCUCAUCGCUCUGGGUGUGCCUAACCCUCGCACCACCAGCGAGGCUCAAUAUGACCAGCGACUCUUCAACCAGAGUAAAGGAAUGGAUAGCGGCUUUGCCGGUGGUGAGGAUGAGACGUACAAUGUGUACGACCAGCCUUUCCGCAGUGGCAGAGACAUGGCCUCCAACAUCUACCGACCCAGCAAAGCCAUCGACAAGGACGCCUAUGCCGAUGACUUUGACACACUCAUGCAAAACAACAGGUUUGUUCCCGACAAAGAGUUCUCAGGUGCUGACCACGGGCAGAGACGCGAGGGGCCUGUCCAGUUCGAGGAGGACCCCUUCGGCCUGGACAAAUUCUUGGAGGAGGCCAAGCAGCAUGGUGGCUCCAAGAGAGCGUCCACCAGCAGCCGCUCCAAGGACGACUACCACGACAAAAAGCGCAGAAAGGAGUGAACCACGCCCUAGAGAAUGGGAUGUUUGUCUACACACAGGUGUUUUAUUCCACUCAAAUGUCUGUAGGGAUUUUUUUUUUCU